AUGAAAGGAGUUAAAAAAAAGGUCUUUGCUGCUUUUUUCUUCUCUGAGGCAUCUCCAGCUGCGCGGGGUGGGCCUGGAGAGCUUCGACUUCCAGAAGCACCUGCGUUACUCCGUCGAUGCAGCGAAAGGCAGCGCCUUUCUGUUUUUGUGAGUCGCGCCGCGCGCCUAGGCUACGCGUGGCUUGCAGGUGACGUCAGCAUGAAGGUGACCGUCUCGCAGCUGAACGCCAGCCUUGCCUAUGGCUUCGAGUACCUGGGAUCACUGGAAAGACUCGUCAUGACUUUGGAGAGCGAGAGGUGCUGGAUCUCCCUCACACAGGCCUUUCGAAGGCACUUGGGCGUGGCUGUGGGGGGCGCCUGCGGGGCCGGGAAGACGGAGCUUUCGAAGGGCCUGAGCGCAGCUUUGGGCUCCUACUGUGUGGUUUACCGUUGCGGCGAAGCCCAAGCAGAGCUAUCAGACCUCAGCUCGCAGUUCAUGGAGGGUGUCGCCCAGCAGGGUUGCUGGCUAUUGCUGGAUGGGAUUCACGCCCUCCCAAACGAUGUCUUGGGCACCUGGGCCUUGCAGUUCCGCAGGUUCCAGGAGGCGCUGCGUGCGGGCCGCGACAGCUUCGACUUGCAAGGCAGGAUGGUUUCCCUGAAGCCUGGUGCCUUCGUUUCUGCCACCUUCGACAAGAACUGGCACUGGUCAACAGCGGAGCCCCUAAUGGGCUGCCUUCGGCCGCUGAGCCUUGCCACGCCCUCCGUGGCGCAUGUGGCGCACCUUGCAGAAGUGCUGCUCCUCGCUGAAGGCUUUAGCGAAGAUCCUGAUCUCGGCAGAAGAGUGGGCACUUUGUGGGGCCACUGGACCGCCCUGUCGCAGGAGCCGAGAGCCUUCGGCCUUCGAGCCCUGCGUGUGCUGAUCGAAAAGGCAGGGCGUCUGAGGCGGUGCCACGACGAAGGGUCAGGCUUGGCGGGACUGGCCGUGGAGGUCUUCGAACCAAACCUCUUGGCACAGCUCUUCGAGUACUGCUUGGGCCCCCUUGUCUCCCAGAAGGAGGAAGUCGAGGACGGUCCCCAAAACCCGGACUUCAAAUCAGUGGACAGCGUACGCGAACACCCGGGUCAGAACGCUUAG